AUGACCGCGCUGCUGCAACAGCUGCAGCAUGUGCUGGCCACCUGGGACACCGCCAACGGUGCAGGGGAGCAGGGCACGAUAGACUGCGGCCGCAAGCGGGGAAGCAGCAGGCACAAGCACCUCUUCAUGGCCUCCGUGGAGGCUGCGGCGGCCAAUGUUCACAAAGGAGCCACCGCCGGUGAUGGCAGUCAUGGAGCUGCGAGGAAGGCGAAGGAGUCGUACCCGUUGUGGUUGACAGAGAUGGACUGCGGUGCCGACGACGACGACGACGACGACGACGAGGUUGUGGGGCGGCGGAGCCUGCAGAACGCACCGGACGCGGACUUGCACGCGGUGAGUUCCUCGGACAGACCUUUGGACCCGUUGCUCUCGCGGCGACGCAUCACGAAGGUGGAAUUGGCGCGGGCCGCUCUUGCGCUCUUCACCUCCAACUCCGGCAUCUACCGGCCCAUCCUGCAGAAAACGCUCGGGUUCAUCUUUGGUCUCAUCGACGAAUUGCUGGAGGAGAAGGCGGAUUUCGCAAAUGGGGGCGGGGCUCCGCAGAAUUGCCUGCCGGCAUGGAGCGCCACGGAGAAGGAAGAGGUGGCGGCCGCACACGAGCGCAUGCGCAUGAUGGAGGUGCGCAUGGCAAAAUUAGUGGAUGAGGCGGCCAUGCAGCGCGAUCACCUCAAGGCGGAGAUCGUGGCCGCCCAGGCGCGCGAGGCCAAGUUGGAGGGUCUACUUAAGCACCAGUUUGUUUUGUCCCACGCAAGAGGGGUAACGGGUGAUGCCGCCGUGCCGCCUGACGACGAUGAGAAUUCGGCGAGGUACGUGAAGCGUUUGAUCGCCCGCGCUGCAAACGAGAAGGCCGUGGAUGAGCUGCAGGGGGAGGUGACGGCGCUGCAAAAGGAGCGGGAUGAGCUGAGCCGCCGGCUUCAGGAGCUCAUGACCCUGAAUGGGAAGUACGCCCAGCAGUGCGUCGAGCUCGCCGCCCGCCUCUCGGUGCUCACGGACCACAACAUUGCCUUUGCGGUGGAGUGCCAAAAGCACCAAAAUGAAACUUUGCUCCAAACGCAGCGAAGCGAGCGGCUUCAACGGGACCUUCAAAUCACGCGCAACGUCUUGAUGUCCGUCUUCGUGAGUCGCCACUCUUCGCUCCAGAGCUGGUGGGAGUCUCUCCGUGAGAACCGAAUGAAGAAGGCGGCCGAGGCCUUCCUCCGCUUCGCGCAGCCCCCGAAGCGGCUUUCCUCCGCGUCAGAGGCCUCGGUGGGAGAUGAGGCGAGCCCCGCGGCCGCGGCGGAGUCGAAGGAAGGCACCGCGUUGGCGGGGAAGAGUGAGACCGGCGGCGGUAGCAAGGAGGCUUUCUUCCCCGCCGCCGCCGCCGCCACUACCACCGCUGUCGUCAACGACAACGCGCUGUGCCACUUUUGGCUUCCAAGGGCAGGCAACAACCCGGAUACCCCGGAGCAUUUGCGUUCCUUUUCCAGCGUGGAGUACGUUCGCAUGAAGCCUCUUGUUGCAGAAAGCAUUGUCUAUGUCAUUCUUUCUCAAUGGCGUCAGGAGGCGGAGGCGAAGUCCUUGGAUGUUUUUACCCGCGACUACGUGCUGCAUGCAAUACAGCAAAGCGAACUUGACUCCCAGGUUACACCAGAGACCUCGCUGCAGCCUGGGGUCGUAAAAAAGGCCAACAAGCACCUUGUCGUGACCUACGCGAUAGACGCGGUUUCUCGUGGUCCCCACUGCGGCUCGCUGACCUAUGCCUUUGGUUUAGUGUCAAGAAAGCAGGUAACCGCAGAUCUUUUUCGUAUGCUGGAGUUUGAUGCCGCCAUGCUAAUCGCUAUUUGCCGUUUCUUGGAUAUGGAGCGGGUUCCAACAGGUGAGCCGCAGGGUCUCAUACCUGUGGUUCAAUUUGCGAGCGUCCUAGUCGCCAUGUAUCCCUCCUAUCCCUUGGCUCUCCUGCGGCAGCUGCUUGACGCGGCCCGAAACGAUGCUGGGAAUCAAACGGAGUCGCUCGAACUGCUGAACUACAAUGUCCUCCUGCCGGAGCGUUUAUUCCUGUCUUCGGCGUCUAUCACUGUGGAGAAUGCCGGCGUCCUGUGGAGCACGCUCUUCAAGCAUCUCUUGUACGAAUUCAUCUGCGAUGAUGUGGUGGACUCCUGGCAGGCAAUAGAAGAUGCUCUUUGCGCCUACUCCAUCUCUGCAAGCGUUGCAAGUGAACAUCAGAUUCUCUACCAGGCGAUGGGAUACGCUAGCGUUGAGGAUGGGAAGUACUGGCUCCCCGCGAUUCGGGUGGCGCUUUCCUCUUGGGAUGCCCUACGCGCCGGGAAGAACUCCCUUUUACUAGAGCAUGUACCGCACGUGCCGGUGAAGGCGGUGGCCAAGUACCUGCGCGACCAGUUACUCAUUCGCCGUGGAACUCGUCCGGCGUCCUCUAAAGACAGCGAUGCACUUCUUUCUGGGUUGCAGGAGCAGUGGAACAAGUUUGCCGGAAGCCACGGCGAGUUGGACUUUGAACGCUACGUCCGUCUGGUGGAGUCUCUUGACGGGAGACGCCACGCGGUAUGGGGUCCCGCUGCCAUGGCAGCAAGUAACAUUGUCCGCUACGUUGAUCCUUCCGAGGACCUAUCGGUGAGUGCGUUACUGGCGCGGCUGCAGGAGGGAAAAAAGGCGAAGGAGUAA